GACGCCGAAACCCGGAACCAUCGCGUUCUACCAAAACACCCGGAAUUUAUUUCGGAUACACAGGAAGUUUUUUCCCCUCGUAGAGGCGUUUUAGCAAUAGAUAUAUAUAUAUAUAUAUAUAUUUACAACUAGUGUUAAAAAUAUAUUAUCUGGAUUCUGUUUAAUGUGUAUGAAAUAAAACACAGACGUCAAUAUGUUGAUUAAAGUUAAGACACUCACAGGCAAAGAAAUAGAAAUUGACAUCGAGCCUACAGACAAGGUGGAGAGAAUCAAAGAGAGGGUGGAAGAAAAGGAGGGGAUCCCUCCACAACAGCAAAGACUCAUUUAUAGCGGAAAACAAAUGAAUGAUGAGAAGACUGCUGCUGACUACAAGAUCCAGGGAGGGUCUGUCCUGCAUUUAGUUCUUGCUCUCCGAGGAGGGCAAACCCUGCACUGGCCCUGCAGUCCCCCAGUGUCUUUCCUCUAAUCUAUUCCGUUAAGACUGUACAUAGUGGAAAUCUGUGUUAUCAUGUACGUCAAAACAGCAGAAUUGCCAGGAGGCUCUGGUGUUUAUAGCCAAAAGUGGACAUUUGGCUUUGUAAAUCACUGUCUUAAUCAUGUUAGCGUGAUCACAGCUGCUUGGGAUUGAGUUAACAUAUGCAGACGCAUACUGAACAGUUUACUUUUUUU